CCUCUCCCGCCGCCCAUCCCCGCCGGGCCCCCUGGGAGCGUCUCUGCGGCUCCGGGGAGGGGACGUUUCCUAAUCUCAGGCCGGGGUUAAAGUUCUGGUCCUGGUGAGAUGCUGGAAGCUGCGGCCAGAGCCGCAACCCGUCCCGGAGGUGUCCUGUCGCCUGUCGCCGUCCCCGCCACCGCCGCUGUCGCCGCCGCCGCCACUGCCGCCUUGCCGGGGCCAUGUUCGCUCUGGGCUUGCCCUUCUUGGCGCUCUUGGUGGCCUCGGUCGAGAGCCAUCUGGGGGUUCUGGGGCCCAAGAACGUCUCGCAGAAAGACGCCGAGUUUGAGCGCACCUACGUGGAUGAGGUCAACAGCGAGCUGGUCAACAUCUACACCUUCAACCACACUGUGACCCGAAACCGGACAGAAGGCGUGCGUGUGUCUGUGAAUGUCCUGAACAAGCAGAAGGGGGCUCCUUUGCUGUUCGUGGUCCGGCAGAAGGAGGCUGUGGUGUCCUUCCAGGUGCCCCUAAUCCUGCGAGGGCUGUAUCAGCGCAAGUACCUGUACCAGAAGGUGGAGCGGACUCUCUGCCAGCCCCCAACCAAGAAUGAGUCCGAGGUCCAGUUCUUCUAUGUGGACGUGUCCACCCUGUCACCGGUCAACACCACCUACCAGCUCCGGGUCAGCCGGAUGGACGACUUUGUGCUCAGGACUGGGGAACAGUUUAGCUUCAAUACCACGGCAGCCCAGCCCCAGUACUUCAAGUAUGAGUUCCCAGAGGGAGUGGACUCAGUGAUUGUCAAGGUGACCUCCAACAAGGCCUUCCCCUGCUCAGUCAUCUCCAUCCAGGAUGUCCUGUGCCCUGUCUAUGACCUAGACAACAACGUAGCCUUCAUCGGCAUGUACCAGACUAUGACCAAGAAGGCUGCCAUCACUGUGCAGCGCAAAGACUUCCCCAGCAAUAGCUUUUACGUGGUGGUGGUGGUGAAGACCGAAGACCAGGCCUGCGGGGGCUCCUUGCCUUUCUACCCCUUUGUGGAAGAUGAACCGGUUGAUCAAGGGCACCGCCAGAAAACCCUGUCAGUGGUGGUAUCUCGAGCAGUCACGUCGGAGGCCUAUGUUGGUGGUAUGCUCUUUUGCCUGGGCAUAUUUCUCUCCUUCUAUCUGCUGACCAUCCUCCUGGCCUGUUGGGAGAACUGGAGGCAGAGGAAGAAGACGCUUCUGGUGGCCAUGGACCGAGCCUGCCCAGAAAGCGCUUCUCUCCUUGGUCACCCUCGGGUGCUCGCCGACUCCUUCCCUGGCAGCUCCCCUUAUGAGGGCUACAACUACGGCUCCUUCGAGAACAGUUCCGGGUCCACAGACGGCCUGGGGGAUAGCACGGGCACUGGAGACCUGUCCUACAGCUACCAGGGGCACGACCAGUUCAAGCGGCGCCUCCCCUUUGGCCAGAUGCGGCAGCUGUGCAUUGCCAUGGAUCGCUCCCUCGACCCCGUGGGCACUCGGCCUCGCCUGGACUCCAUGAGCUCUGUGGAAGAGGAUGACUACGACACGUUGACAGACAUCGAUUCCGACAAGAAUGUCAUUCGCACCAAGCAAUACCUCUACGUGGCCGACCUGGCACGCAAGGACAAGCGCGUCCUUCGGAAGAAGUACCAGAUCUACUUCUGGAACAUCGCCACCAUCGCGGUCUUUUAUGCGCUUCCGGUGGUGCAGCUGGUGAUCACCUACCAGACGGUGGUGAAUGUCACUGGGAAUCAGGACAUCUGCUACUACAACUUCCUCUGCGCCCACCCACUGGGCAACCUCAGCGCCUUCAACAACAUCCUGAGCAACCUGGGGUACAUCCUGCUGGGGCUGCUCUUCCUGCUCAUCAUCCUGCAGCGGGAGAUCAACCACAACCGGGCCCUGCUGCGCAACGACCUCUACGCCCUGGAAUGUGGGAUCCCAAAACACUUUGGCCUGUUCUACGCCAUGGGCACAGCGCUGAUGAUGGAGGGGCUGCUUAGUGCCUGCUAUCACGUCUGCCCCAACUAUACCAACUUCCAGUUUGACACGUCGUUCAUGUACAUGAUUGCCGGGCUGUGCAUGCUGAAGCUCUACCAGAAGCGGCAUCCAGACAUCAACGCCAGUGCCUACAGCGCCUAUGCCUGCUUGGCCAUUGUCAUCUUCUUCUCCGUGCUGGGCGUGGUCUUCGGCAAAGGGAACACAGCGUUCUGGGUCGUCUUCUCGGUCAUUCACAUCAUUGCUACCCUGCUCCUCAGCACACAGCUCUACUACAUGGGCCGCUGGAAGCUGGACUCAGGGAUCUGCCGCCGCAUCCUCCACGUGCUCUACACAGACUGCAUCCGGCAGUGCAGUGGGCCCCUCUACGUGGACCGCAUGGUGCUGCUGGUUAUGGGCAACAUUAUCAACUGGUCGCUAGCUGCCUACGGGCUCAUCAUGCGCCCCAAUGAUUUCGCUUCUUACUUGUUGGCCAUUGGCAUCUGCAACCUGCUUCUCUACUUCGCCUUCUACAUUAUCAUGAAGCUCCGCAGCGGGGAGCGGAUCAAGCUCAUCCCGCUGCUCUGCAUCGUGUGCACGUCCGUGGUGUGGGGCUUCGCGCUCUUCUUCUUCUUCCAGGGACUCAGCACCUGGCAGAAAACACCCGCCGAGUCCCGGGAGCACAACCGCGACUGCAUCCUCCUGGACUUCUUUGACGACCACGACAUCUGGCACUUCCUCUCCUCCAUUGCCAUGUUUGGGUCAUUCCUGGUGUUGCUGACGCUGGACGACGACCUUGACACCGUGCAGCGGGACAAGAUCUACGUCUUCUAGCGGGAGCCAGGCCCCUUGCUUUACUCACGGGGGGGCCCGCCGAGCUCCUCUGCCUCACUGCCUAGAGCCUCUGUAGCUCUGGGGGUGUAAGUCCUCACCCUGCGGCCCAGCGCGGGUGGUGGUGGGCCCGCGAGGUCUGGCCCAGACUUGGCCUGGGACCGCGUGGGGGGAGCUGUGAGCCUUGUGGCUAUCCUCUCCUGGGGAGGAGGCCCACUCCCCUAACACCCCAGAUGUUGGCCAAUGGCUGCUGCUUCAGUGUUGAGAGCCUCUCAUGGGCCCUGUCCUUUGGCUCUCCGUUUGUUCCUCUUCAGGAGGAAGGAGAGAGUGUUUGUUGUUGCCCUGCCCAUCUCACGCCUUGCAUUCCGCCCGUCCUUCCCCUCCUCAGGAGCCUGCGACCCCAAGCCCUUUCUUCUUCCCGAGCUCCAGUCCAGGGCCUGGUUGGGCCUGAUUCUCUGUCCUGCACCAGGGCCCCACUGCUUUUUGGGGCCGUCCCCGACUGCCAUCACUGCCCGCUUCAGUCGGGAGGAAUGGGGGUGUAGGAUUUUGGAGGCUGGCCAGCUGGUGCCAGGCUUUCGGUGCUAAGGCCUAAGAGGGGCUGCAGGCAGUGCUGUCUCCUCCCUCUGAACUGUGCUUGGGACUGGCUCUGUAGUAGUAAGGAUCAGUCCACGUGGGAGAGUCGCUUUGGUCUGAGGGGUUGGAUUCAGAGGUCACCUUCCUAUCCCAUCAGCCCCCAGACUGACGUUGGCACCAGGAUUGGAGGGAGAGAUCAGUUCCCCCCCUCCCUUCCUUUUUCUUUCCAGCCCUCCGUCCUGCCAAGCCCCAUCUGGGGGCCUUUCAGUGCCAUUGACGCUGCCCAAGAAUGUCCAGGAGCAAAGGAGGGGGAUACAAGGCGCCCAGCUCCUCCUGCCUCCUCACAGCCGUGGGAGCCCCAGUGCCUAUCUUAGAAGGAGGCUCAGGAAGGGACACCAUGUUCCCCUCAGUGUCCCCAGUCCAGCCUCACUCUGGGACCCAGGGCUGUCUUCCGUGUUUCCGUCCUGUCUUCGGCCCAGUUUUGUGUUAGUCACACACACACGUAUGUGUAGGAGUUUACACUGAGUUGCCCCAGCUCUGGGCCCCUGGCUGCUGUGGUCCUUCAAUCCCCAUACCCUACCUGGUCCAUGCCAGAUGCCAAGGCUGGGGGAGGUCAGGUCGGGCCUCUGCCUUGGGGAUGGGAAUGUGUUUUAUUCUGCCCAACUUGUUUUUAUGGCUCUCCCUGGGACUGGGGAGAGGAGGUGGAUCUGGAUCUUUUUUCAGAACUCCAUUCAAUGUCUGUUUCCAUGCUACGGUUGCGUUUCUGUUUUCUAUGAACGAGUCUGCAUUCAAUUAAAGAAACAACCAGA